CGACAGCCACGACUCACAACAAGUAACAAUCUGCUGUAUGCCUAGCUAAUACAAAAGUUAAGAGAGAUAUCUCUUCAUGCCAUUGACUUCUUCGCCGAGUCCAUCGGCCCUCCGUAGCCAUCUGUUUCAGUCCAGUACUCUUCUCUGCAAGACACCACGUAACCAAUUCUCCAUACUCCGAAACCUCACACCCAUUGCUUCCUCCCUUGUCCAACCACCACAUACUCCCAUCACCGCCACCAAAUUCAAAACCUACAAAACUCCCACUACCACCCUUCAACACCUCUCCCUCCUCCACACCACCACUACCACCCCCAAAAUGGCACCCACCGCAAGCAGCCCCACCCCCAUCGUCAUCUCCGGCCCCUCAGGCACGGGCAAAUCCACGAUCCUGAACCGCCUCUUCGAAGAGCACCCCAACAAGUUCGGCUUCAGCGUCUCGCACACGACCCGCCAGCCCCGCGGUGCCGAGCAGCACGGCAAGGAGUACUACUUCGUGACCCGCGACGAGUUCGAGGACCUCAUCGCCAAGAAGGGCUUCGUCGAGCACGCGCAGUUCGGCGGGAACUACUACGGCACCAGCAUCCAAGCGAUCGAGGACAUCGCGAAGAGGGGCCAGAUAUGUAUUUUGGAUAUUGAGAUGGAGGGCGUCAAGCAAGUAGCCAACCACCCCUCCUUCCCGCGCCCCAAGUUCCUCUUCCUCUCUCCGCCCUCGCUCGAGAUCCUCGAGCAGAGGCUGCGCUCCCGCGCCACGGACAAGGAGGAAGCCAUCCUGAAGCGCCUGGCGCAGGCGAAGAACGAGGUCGCGUUCGCGGAGAGCGGAGAGGCGCCCCACGACAAGGUGGUCGUGAACGACGACCUCGAGAAGGCAUACCAGGAGGUUAAGGAGUUCAUCGUUGGGAAGGAGGAGAAGUGAGAGGUGUGCUGGGGUGCAAAGCUGACGUUAGAUAUGAUACCACAAAAAGAUAAAUAGAGCAUUUAGCGGCGAGAUACAAUGCAUGGCUGUGGC